ACGUCUCUCGUGUUUUAAAGGAUUACAAAUGAGACUAAGAAUGGGUGCGCAAAUUGUCUGGUUGUACAUGGGAGUUUUGUCACUGACACUAGCCCAGCAGUCGAGCCAGAUUCGUACCGACUCGCAGACAGACAGAAGAAUCCACAACCUGGAGAUGGAGCUGUCGAAGUUGCGUGUGCUUCACCAUACAGGACGAGACAAGCUCCGGGAUAUGGAGCGAGAGCUGUCACAUUACCAAACAAUAUUUCAGGGAUUAAACUUGCUGUGUGGAGCCUGGAAGGAGCACAAAGCUAAGUUCACACCUCUUCCGGGGGUCAACCAACCCAUCAAGUCCAUCAGACCUACGGUGUCAGGCAUCCAGGUUCACUCUGUGUCGACAAUUAUUUCUCCUCUCGGUGUUGACAACACCGUGCUGCAGAUAUCUGUACGCUACAGCACCGUCGAGACUACCGAGGUCAUCUGGGCUUAUAAUGUCCUGGGUCACAUGGUUCCCGUGCUUGAUGGAGACCCAUAUUCUUCUGUUCACAAUGAGCAAGAAGUGGAAAGCUGGACCACAAAUCUAUACAUUGACGCACGGGAUCUGACGGAAAUAGAACUGCUGUACGUGAAAAUCCUUUCAGAAUAUUCAGAAGUGACAAUACUGUUCAACAAAGACUUACUCCUUAAGGAAGGGAAGGUGAACUUAUCUCCAGUCAAGUUAUGGAACGAAGGUCCUUCGCCGGAAGCUGUUGUGUUUAACCCCAAACAUAACUCGACUAUUACAACCUACAUUGAUACCAACAUACAUAAAUUGACAACCUUUGUGAACUUCAUUGGAAUCAACUCUACGGAGUACCCUCAUAAGUUGUUGGAUCUUCAAACGAAUGAUCGUAUGAUCAAGAGCGUUAUCUCAGACACGACACGAGGCUUCAAAUGGUCUGUCAAUGUUGACCCUUCAUUGGUUGGUAUUGGAGGAAUGUUGUCUCUUCGCGUAGUUGAACAACUUUAUAAUGGCCCUGUUCUACAAAUUCAUGUUGGAAAAACUGUUUAUAUCAUCCCCGAAAAGGUGGGUGUAGCCAAAGCACCUUUUGCACCGAACAGUUUGGCUCUGUUGUCUCUCUACCGCCAUACGAACCAAGUCGUGGCAACAAAGCCUCCAAUCGGAGCAAUUUGGUGCUACGCGUUUGGCAACCCACCUCCCGAGACAUUUAUUGUGAGGCUUAUGCCGGGUAGGAAACGACAGGUUAUGAAGGGGACCGUUUUCAAUAUCGGGAAAUAUGACACCGCUCAGGUCGUGGUGCUGAAAAAUGUGACUAGCAAUGAUAAUGGCCACUACAUGUGCGAGGGUCGUUCGGGAAAUAAUGCAGCUACUGAGCCGAUAAUUGUGCAGCUUAAAACAUGAUUAAGAUUAUGAAAUUAAUAGGUUUGAAAGAAUUCAGGAUAGUUCCCCAAAAGGAUUGAGCAGCGUUGGCAAUGGUAUAUUUACAACACAACGGUCUGCUAAUCUCUCUGAGCUAAGUUGAGACAGAACUUACUAAGAAUGGAUACUUGUUUGCUGAUGUAUUGGUUUUUUUGUGAUACAUCAAAAAGAAAAUAUGUAUUAUGGAAUUUAAAAAAGAGUUUCGGAUAAUUUACAUUAAUCAUUUUACUGCAUGUUAGGACCGUUUCAUUCGGAAUUAAUGUGACUGUGUAGUCUCUGUUUCUUAAUGUGAAUACAGCAUGACCUCUGAAUAACUUUAAAAAGUGCACAAAAACACAUAUGAAUGUUUACCAGAAUGAAUGAAGUAAUAUGUUUAACGUUUUUUAGACGUGUCAGUUAACAGAGAAUGUUCAGGUUGUAUGUAAGAGAUGUAAUUGAUACGUAUGUUUUUGAAAAAGUAAAAGUUUAAAUGAGAACCCAUUUGAUGGCACUAAUAAGACACUAAAAUUAAGGGUAAAAUGAUUAUCAAUAUCGCUCUUGUCCAAUCUAAAAAUUAUACCAGUUUCUGAUUCACGUAUGCACAUAUAAACAUCCCAUUGGACAAUGAUAUAUGGUAAAUAUGGUGUCUGGUAUUUUUCAACAAAAAAAGUAUAUUGCAUAGUAAAAUAACACCAACAUGUUUUCAUGACAUUCUUACAUAAUAUGUUGAUUUUAAGUGAAGCUAUCUAUAGUGGUUUGAUUUUCCAACUAUUGGGACAAAACAUAUUUGCAUGGAUAAACAGAUUGAACACUGCAGAGAAUUGGUUUUGCUGGUCAUGCCAUUAAAUGUAUUAACAUUGAGAAACAGUUCAAUAUGAACCUAACUAUGCUUACGGAAAUGGGAACUUUUCCAUACUUACAUAAAAUUGGGACAUUUCCAUGCUUUCCAAACAUUGGAGAUUUUCCGUACUUCCAUAAAAUGUGAACAUUACCAUACAAGCAUUUAAAUUGGACCUUUUCCAAUUCUUACAUAAAAUGGGAACUUUUCAAUACUGGUAUUGAAUUGGAUUUUUUUUCCAUACUAACAUAAGAUAGAGACGUCCCUAUGCUUACACAUGGGAACUUUCAUAUUCUUUGAACAUCACCACAUUAAACAUUUUAUUUCAUUUAUGAAUGUUCUCACUGACAGUAUUUUCAUUUUUUCAAACGGGUGGUCUC